CACCUUGCUCCACUUUCCUCCGCCCAAAUGAGCGCCCGAGCUCCGCCACGUCCGGGGAUUCUCAAGGCUGAUACCAUAAUAGAUGUCGCAGACUCGUUGGGAAUCACGAACCUCUCCGACACUGUCGCCAAUGCCCUUGCGAGCGACGUGGAAUACAGGUUGCACCAGAUCAUUCAAGAGGCUGCGCGUUUCACACGGCAUUCCCGACGAACCAUGAUGACCACCUCGGACGUUGACCAGGCAUUUAAAACACUAAACAUCGAACCCGCAUAUGGCCAUACUAGCCAUAAUGCUCCAACAUUUCGGAGGGUGCAGCCGACGUCUGGUCCGCCGAUAUACGUAGUUGAUGAUGAUGACAUUGACUUUGAGGUCAUGCUAAAGCAGAACCCAAUACCUGUUCCUAGGAAAAUUCGCUACGCAGCGCACUGGCUGGCGAUUGAGGGCGUCCAACCAUUAAUACCUGAAAACCCACCUCCAGAAACACCACCCGCCGUCGAUGCUCCACAAGCCGCCACAACUCAUGCGUCACCUGCAGCGACUCAGAAUGGCCCACUAUCUCAGCCCACUCCGGACGCCAAGGCGUCGAAGGAUCAACCCGUCAAAGCGCCAUCCGUCAAAACACACCUUAGUCGAGAGUUGCAACACUACUAUCAAAUACUCGUUUCUGCAUUAUCACCUUCAAUGGACGACCGAAAGAAGACAGCUGCCCUUACCAGUUUACGCGCAGACGCUGGACUGUCUCCCGUAUUACCCUACAUUGCGCGAUGGAUUGGGGAAGGAGUAGUUGCAUCCCUACGAAGAGAUUCCACGGAUGGCGAGGAUGUUGACUUUGAUCGUAAAAGCUUGGAUAUCUAUCUUGACGCCAUAAGUGCAUUACUAGAAAAUGAUCGACUAUUUGUCGAGCCUUACUUACACCAACUUCUUCCCCCAAUCCUCUCCAUUCUCUUGACAUCAACACUUCCAACCCCUCCUAUCAUCCCCACCGACUCCACUGAUCCAUCCCCGUCCCAACUCCGCACCCAUGCAGCGUCCGUUCUCUCCCGUCUCCUCACGCAACACUCACCCACCUACCCAAGUCUCUCAUCCCGCGUCACAAAAACUCUCCUUGCUGCACUCAUCGAUCCAGGGAGGAUGUUAGGUACUCGAGAAGGUGCUUUAAGAGGUCUUACAGCUGUUGGGAAAGAAGCAGUUCGGAGGGGUCUCGUACAAGCUGGUGGAGGCACGGUCGUAGGGGAAGAUAUGGACCGGGCAACAGAGAUGGGUAUGGAUACAAGAGGUGUUCAACAAGCCAUGAUGGAUGCACUUGAAAUCCUUCACCCUCGAACGACUGAACAACCUGCCGGAAGCCCACCCCGGCCACUUAAUGAUAUGGACGAUGAUGAUCGUACCGCAGCAGAUCUUUUGAUCGCUACCAUCGGUGAUUCAUUCUCUCGGACAGUGGGCGAGGAUGGCCGCUGGGCAAAGAAGCUCGCUAAAUCGUUCAAUGAAGGGAUAAUAGUCGGUACUACUUCAUCGUAGCACAGACGAAGGGGAAAAAAACAAGCAGAACGUUUCUUCUGCCUUUCUGAGUGUUGUUAAUUUGGCAGGCCUUCACGCGAAUGGUAGCAUCUGUGGCCAUUCCACUCCUUUCCUGUGUUGGAUUCUCAUCUUGAUAUUCAUGC